AUGGCGAACACAGCGGGGCUCGUCGUCCCUUGCAAUGGUAGAAGAAAUCGCUCUUCCUCUGCCGGCGUCUUCUCUUCCUUGGCUUCUGAUGAAUCGUCAUUUUGAUAUCGUCCCCUGAUCGAUUUGCUGUGUGCUUCCGACGGGUUCGCGGAAACCGAGCAGCGGCGGUGGCGUGGGAGGCUGGAAAGCCCCUGGUGAUACAGAGGAUCGAGGUGGCCCCCCCGCAGACUAUGGAGGUGCGGAUCAAGGUCAAGUACACGUCCCCGUGCCACACCGACGUAUACUUCUGGGAAGCAAAGGCAAGCACUCCCGCAACCCCUGAUCAACCCAAUCCAUGUUACUGUUUAUUGCUUUGUCCAAUCUGCUUCUCUGGAGUAUUCUCCUCCUUGUUUUGUUUCAUCUUACGGCCGUCCUUGAUUGGCAUCAUGAUGGAUCCUGUAAAGGGCAGGAUUCUGUUAUCGAUUUUCCUCGUUGGCCGUUCGUAGGAAGCGAAUCAAAAUAGAAGAGACGUAGGAAAGUGUGGUACUAGUCAUUAUUGGUGUGUCGGACUGUUCGUCAGUUCUACUUACUUUCUAUGUUUAUCUACCUAAACAGAUACAAUUUACUAGUCUUUUUAUCUCCACAUGAAACUUUCAAAUUGCUGCUAGACUCAUGUCUGAAGUUCCCAAGCUAAGAAAUAAUUCGAUUCAUGUCAAAAUAGUUGCUAGACUCAUGUCUGAACUUCUCAAGCUAAGACGAAAUUCAACUCAAUAUCAACUCAGUCCAGACUCUCAGGCCCGUUUAUUGAUUCAGCAUCGACUCCCACAAUUUUAUAUCCAAAACUUUCUUUCAUACGCUUCCAUCCAUUGAAAAACGUUACCUGUGUAAACCAUCCAAUCUUAGCCUAUACCAGGAACAAAAGCUUGGAUUUAGUUUCUGCUUAGACCAGAUAGAAAAUGCUUGUCCCUGAAAUCCCACGCAUGAAACUUCUCACUUUCAACCCUUGAGAAACUCGCUAACAUAUGGACCAUAUUUAUACUGGUAAAACAUACCGCCUAAUCCAUCAUCCUUUGGGAAAUCUCCAUCAAGAUCAGCUUUCAAAAACGUUCUGCCUGACGAACUACAGAAAAACAAUAGAACAAAAUCGCUUUGAUAUCUUUUUGUUUGGACACUAUUCAUACCGAUUUCCCAACUUCAUGCUUAACAUCCGAGGAAGAAUACUUUCUCCCAUCUCCCUACAUUACGGCUUUCUCUCUUCUCUCAGUUUUUUUUACAACCGUGGGAUUGAUUAUCAAGGUACUUCUGGCUUCGAUGCCAUCCCCAUAUACAUAUGUCACGAUCUUCUUCUAGACCUGAACUUAGUAAUUUCAUCGCCAUCCAUCAAAAGAUUGACAGAAGCUCCUACAGAUUUCCUCUUCCCAAUGGUAUCAUGCUAUAGGUUUUUCUCUGGCAUCGAUGAAUUCUGCAGAUGUUGCAGGCUUGGAGGAUCACCUAAUGGGCCUUUGAAAGAUAAGAAAUUUUCUGAAGAAAACUGCAAUUGGAAACCCGCAUUGUUCAGAAGAUACCUAAUGUUUUCAUUGAGAUAUCAAUGUUUCAAUUGCAUCCGAUUCUGCGUUCCCGUUAUAUUUCCAAAAUCAUUCUGCGCAUAACCUAUGUUUUAUAAUAUAUAAUUCGUACAUCGUAUCGUUUCAUGACCAUCAAAGGUAUGCCUCUUUAAUCUUCGUCCUGUCUCCUUAUAAUUUUAAUCUGCCAUAAUUUUUGGAAUUUUUUUUAAAGAAACAUUAAGUUUUGGAUUGAUCAUCACAAAUCCUUGUCAUAGUGAGAACCAAGACUAUGUUUUUGUUCGUCAGUACUGAAAUCGGAGACUGCCUGACCCAAGUCCGACCUUAACCCAAUGUUUCAAACAGAAAAAAAAUUCAACAAGUUCGAUGGAUCAGCGUUGAUCUUAAUCCACAAUCAUUUCGUCCUGCUGUCAUAUUAAAACCAGGAUGAAUACAGAAAAAAUAGAAGGAUUUUUUCAUAGGGUACGAAGGGGAAACGGUCAAUACGGUCGUUUGAGCAUUGUUUGAGAUGAUCAUUCUCAUAUAAUAUCAAGAUUUUUUUCGAAAAUGUCACCAAGUUCUCUCAUAGCCUUUACUGGUAAAUUGUAAAAGCUUCUCAUACAUUUCUUGGAAUAUACUCUACAUGCAGAUGGCGCUUUCGGUUCGUCGAGUAUGUGUUUAUAACAAUUUUAAGGAUUGUACAACUCAUGAUCUAAUUUAAUAUUUAUGGUUUUCUAAGACUUGGUCUUCUGUAUUUCAGGGGCAGACGCCACUAUUUCCUCGCAUUUUUGGCCAUGAAGCAGCCGGGUACAAUUAUUGCGGUUUUUUUCUUUAAAAAAUCUGUGAUAUAUUUAUUUACAUUAUUCCAUGAAAAUAUCCACGUUUCCUUCAUAGAAACUGAAAUUAUGACGUUGACUUCAUUAAUUAUGCUAUAAAUAUCUGAAGCUAGUAAUUAAUCUGUAAUUAUGACCAUUUUUCUGCUAAUCACGGCAGGAUUGUGGAGAGCGUUGGUGAAGGCGUUACAGACCUCCAGCCGGGGGACCAUGUCCUCCCUGUGUUUACUGGGGAGUGCGGCUACUGUGCACACUGCAAGUCAGAAGAGAGCAACAUGUGUGAACUCCUGAGGAUCAACGCUGACAGGGGAGUGAUGAUCGGCGAUGGAAAAACUCGGUUCUCGGUCAACGGCGAACCCAUCUAUCACUUUCUCGGCACGUCAACCUUCAGCGAGUACACAGUCGUCCACUCCGGCUGCCUCGCCAAGAUCAACCCCUCUGCACCUCUUGACAAGGUCUGCAUUCUCAGCUGCGGCAUAUCGACAUGUGGACCGAUCGUUACUAUUUUUAUCCGGUCCGUCUGAUCCGAUUAUGGAAGCCCUGCGUUGACUUUGCCUGCUGAAUCCUCCAGGACUUGGAACCACACUGAAUGUGGCUAAGCCGAAGAAGGGCUCCUCGGUUGCAGUAUUUGGGCUGGGAGCUGUAGGACUUGCAGUAAGUGGAUCAUUCUUCAACUUCUCCAAGGAUUACGGAGCGCUCCCCAUUUAUAUUUUUCAUGGAUUUUUCAUCUCAAUUCUAGGCUGCAGUAGGCGCAAAGAUCGCUGGAGUCUCGAGAAUCAUCGGCGUUGACCUGAAUCCGGGCAGAUUCGAAGAAGGUAAACCGGCCUGAAUCCCGGAGAAAACAUCAGGUUCUCGGGUCAUCUUCUCGCAAUCCACAGAUUCUGACAGUCCCUCCAAAUCUUCUCAGCCAAGAAGUUUGGAGUCACCACUUUCGUCAACCCGAAGGACUACGACCGACCAGUGCAAGAGGUCAACCCUCCAUCCUCUCUCUCUCUCCCUCUCUCUCUCUCUCUCCCCCCUCUUUCACUCUCCCACAUUUGACUUUUAACUUUUGACUUCUCCCCGGCCUCCCCGACUUUGACCUCUGUCGCAGGAGCUGGAGGUGGAGAAGUUCAUCACCGACAGGGUCCCCUUCUCCCAGAUCAACAAGGCGUUUGACUACAUGUGGAAAAGCGAGGGCCUCCGCUGCGUCGUCGCCAUGGACGAGUGA